UCCAGGUGAGCCACCCAUGGGCUUCCGUGAGGUCCUGUUGAGGGAGGGUCCUGAGGGUUUUGCACGGGCAAUUCGACAGCACCAGGGUCUUCUACUGAUGGACACUACCUUCAGAGAUGCCCACCAGUCCCUGCUGGCCACUCGCGUCAGGACACACGACCUCAAGAAGAUUGCUCCAUUCGUGAGCCACAACUUCAAUAAUCUCUUCAGCCUGGAGAACUGGGGAGGAGCUACAUUUGAUGUAGCAUUGCGUUUUCUGUCGGAGUGUCCGUGGAAGAGACUUCAGGAGCUCCGAGCUCUGAUUCCCAAUGUCCCAUUUCAGAUGUUGCUACGUGGAGCCAAUGCGGUGGGAUACACAAACUAUCCUGAUAAUGCAGUUUUCAA